AUGUCUCCUGUGCUUCGUGAAGCCAUCAUACUGGCUGCUGCAUUGGAAUACGAAUAUAUUUGGAUUGGUUCUCUGUGUAUCAUCCAGGAUGAUCAAAAGGACUGGGAAAACGAGGCGCCGAAGAUGGGCUCUGUCUACGGCCAUGCCGCUGUUGUCUUUGCAGCAUAUGGGAGAAACCUGGGCAUUGAGAAAAUUCCCUCUGUUGAAAUAUCGGACCCAACAAGAUCAGGUAAUAGCCCUACCAUUGCCCGGGAGGAGAUAGACCAUGGGGUCUUCUUCUCUGUCCCAGAGAAUCCAGACUCGUGGUUCGGACGGGGCUGGUGCUUGCAAGAGAGAUUCUUCGCGCCCAGAAUCGUACACUUUGGCGGUGCGGGGGAAGAAUUGUACUUUGAAUGCAAUUCAGGAAUGGAGUGUGAAUGCGGAUAUAUAAGCGAGCGGGACAAUUGCAACCUAAAAGCAAGGAUUGCCACAGCAUUGUUAGACAUUCAACCUCCAAUCGACUACAGCUUCGCCUGCAAUGAAAUGUGGAAAGAUUAUAUUGAUGUCUGUGAGGACUACACCUCAAGAGGCCUAGCCUUCGCUACAGACGCAUUGCCUGCAGUUUCUAGUCUGAUGGGUUUCUUCGCUCCAUACCUGGGGGCGUAUUAUGCAGGUUUAUGGGAGAAAUAUCUAAUCCCGAGCAUUGGCUGGGAGGUUCUCUGCACCCCAAUGUCGAAGCGAACUGAGUCUUAUGUCGCACCGUCAUUUCCAUGGGCCUCUAGGACCGCACCCGUGAUUUGGGACUGGAUAUACGGCGACAUAAACACAAUACCCACACCCGAAACCUAUCAUUUUGCCCAAGUGGUAGAUGUUUCCUACAUACCUACCACCAAUGACACCAACGGGCAGAUUGCAAUGGGUCAUAUUAAUCUUCGUGUAUUUAUAACUCAGAUGACGAUUGAGUCGACCGACGGAAGUGAAUGCUCCGGAUUGGAGAUUGGAGAUGACAAAAGAAGGGGUGGAGUGCUAUGUCACAUUGGACACAAUCCAGGAUCUGGAUGA